CUGCACCGUGAGGCGGAGACGGAAGGGAAGAGACAAUCUAGAUUGAGAAAAUUCAUCAAGAGAGAGAGGUGGCACCAAAGCUCAAGCUCAAGCUCAAAGCUAUAGAGAGAAAGAUACAAAUCAUCUACACAGCAAUGGGCAACAGCCUUAGGUGCUGCCUCGCCUGCGUCCUCCCCUGCGGCGCGCUGGACCUGAUCAGGAUCGUCCACCUGAACGGCCGCGUCGAGGAGUACGGCCGGCCGGUGGCCGCCGGCGAGAUCCUGGCCGCCAAUCCGAACCACGUGCUGAGCAAGCCGUGCUCGCAGGGCGUCGUGCGGAGGAUCCUCAUCGUGUCCCCGGACUCCGAGCUGGAGCGCGGCGAGAUAUACUUCCUCAUCCCGUCGUCGUCGGUGCCGCCCGAGAAGAAGCAGAAUUCGAAGAGCGCCAAGAGCCUCUCGGCCGGCGCGCACGGCGACCAGCAGCUGGUCAAGAAGGAGAAGUACCACGGCAAGACCGGCCAUCCCAAGAGCAAUGGGCGCCGUGACUUGAGUGACGCCCUGUCACAGAAGAGGUCGGCGUCCCACCGGCGGCGCGUGAGUGCCGGCCGGACCGCCGCGUGGAAGCCACACCUCGAGUGCAUUGUUGAGGGAACUUGAGCAGAAGUGGAUCCAUUUUUCUUCUCCUUCUUUUUCUUUUUUUUUGUUUUGUGAAAUCAAGGGAGGUUGAUGUAACACCACCACCACCGGCAUGGUGGUUUGCUCUCUUGUGUGGUUAGCGAGUAUUUUUCUCCUCUCUUUUUUCGGUAAUUGUAUAUCCAUGUAAUGUUUUCCCCUUCCUACACAUACAUGAUGGAAAUGGAGAGGGAGGGUUGCCAA